AUGAAGUGGAUAACGGUUGGACUUGGCCUAUCUACCAUAGCUUAAAGCAAGUAAGCUUCGCCUUUCUUUAUCACUCCUGUUCGUUCUGGUCGACCCAUCGCCGCAUGCGGCUGAGCUCAUUUCCAUGGCUUCUACGGUCGCUUCAUCCUUUCAAUCUGCUUCAAACUUGAGAUCUACCUUUUGGAGUGAGAGGAGUAGAAUCUGCAUUACUCCACCUGCUGCAACUCGUGUUGGUUUUACAAAGAAGACUAUUGAAUGUAAGGAAUCGAGAAUUGGGAAGCAACCAAUUGGUAUCCCAUCCAAUGUGACAAUUGCAUUGGAAGGUCAGGAUUUGAAUGUAAAAGGGCCUCUUGGCCAGCUUUCUAUCACUUAUCCUCGAGAAGUUAAGGUUGAAAAAGAGGAAUCAGGGGAGCUUAGAGUCAGAAAGGCAUUGGAUACCAGAAGGGCUAACCAAAUGCAUGGCCUGUUCAGAACGCUGACGGACAACAUGAUUGUGGGUGUGUCGAAAGGAUUUGAGAAACGGCUCCAACUAAUAGGUGUAGGGUACCGUGCAUUUUUGGAAGGAAACGACUUGGUUUUGAAUCUUGGGUUUUCUCAUCCAGUGAGAAUGACAAUCCCAGAAGGUCUGCAGGUGAAGGUGGAGGAGAACACGAGAAUAGCGGUGAGUGGAUAUGAUAAGAGUCGAAUUGGCGAAUUCGCAGCUUCCAUAAGGAAAUGGAGGCCGCCGGAGCCCUACAAGGGUAAGGGAGUUAAGUAUGCCGACGAAAUCGUUAGGAGAAAGGAGGGUAAGGCUGGUAAAAAGAAGUGAUGAUCAUCUUUCUUUUUGUUGUUUACAUUUUGUGUUAACUAUUAUCCAUUUUGUAAAAUUGCUGACACUUUGCUAUUUUUAUUAAUGUAAUUUGCUUAUCAAUUUGCUUGUC